AUUAGUUUUCGGAAAAAUUAUAAUGAGAAAAUUUAAAAGGUUUAUUCGAGAAAAAACGAAGUUACCAGUUAGAGAUAUUACUAAAUUGUAUAAAAGUAUUGUGCUACCAAAAUUAUGGCUCAUCUGUUUGGUCAAAUGUGGCAACGUCAAAGUUGAGAAAUUUAGUCAACUUGCAAAAACAAUUUCUCGUUUUAGGUUUAAAUAAUGAUUUAACAUAUCCAUUAGCCGCAUUACAAGUGGAAUGUGGUUUAUUACCAUUUGAUUUGUAUCUAUUGUAUAAGGGAAUUAAAAAAGCUAUGUCGAUCAAAACACGAGUCUUUUAA